AUGCCGGGAGCCGGGACUUCGACGCUGCUCUGCCUCGCCCUGGCCGCGCUGCUCAGCCCGCCCGCCGACGCCUGGUACAAGCAGACGGCCGGACCCAGCUACUACUCGGUGGGCAGGGCGUCGGGGCUGCUGUCCGGCAUCCGCCGCUCGCCUUACAUGCGCCGCUCCGACGACACCGACAGCAGCAGCACCAGCGCCGAGAGCGGCCCCGGCGCCGCCUCCUUCUUGAUGUCCGAGCCGCGCCCGAACCCCAGCGGGCUGCGCAACAUGGUGAGCGGCUAGGGGGCGCCCGGAUGGAAGUGGAGCCCCCUGGAAGAGGGAGGGGGUCCCGGGUGGAGAAGGCAGCUGGGGGGGGGAGUUUCUUUUAUAUGCAUUGUGAUUUAUUUCAAUGCAUUGCAUUGUAUAUUUAUUAUUAUUGAGUUAGAGCGUACAUUAGCCACUCCCGAAAAGUUGUAUUCAUCAGAUAAUUAUAGUAAUAGUAUCAAUCAGCACUUUCUAACUUUUUAAAUUAAAAAAGCCUAUAUGGUUUUAUACCUAUAUUUUUUUACCUAUAAAAAUCUGAGAGGAAAUAUCUAUUUUAAUGGUUUUAAUGUUGUAUUUUAAUCUUGUUUUUAAGUUGUAUUCAUGCAACUCGUUUUUAUUAUUGGUUGUUAGCCGCCCUGAGCCCGGCCUUGGCUGGGGAGGGCGGGGUAUAAAUACAGUUUAUUAUUAUUUGCUGCUUUUUAGCCAAACAGGCCGUCGGGUCGCGCUGUAUCAAGGAGGUAAAGAUAUUGCAAUGAUUGAAGGGCCCGGGAGAUGCUCAGCUCCAUCCUGGGCACAUUGCAAGGCUCUUCUGCUCCUCGGGGCUUCAGGGUCGCAGUCGAGCAAGCCGGGGAGGGAGGGAAGCCCGAGCCUUGCCCUCUCACUUUCCCCUUUUCCCCUUGCAGGCGGUGUGUGUGAAGGAGGUGGCCCCGGAGCUGCAGAGCUGCCAGCUGCUGCCUGGCUUGCCCAGCGUCAUCCAGUGCAAAGCCGAUGUCACCGUCUCGCUGGACCCCGCGGACUGCGCCAGCGCUUGA